AUGGCGACGACACUGUCACCUCGACUCAUCUGCCUCUCCUCCGUUCGCUAUCUCUCUCGCCCAGCAGUGGCCACCUCGCGGGUGUUCAUCUCGCGCUUCAGCACCACCCCCGACGACGACGUCAUCAAAACCCAGCAUAUCCCAGCCCCGGGCUCAGGGCAUGUGCGCGUGCUGCAGCUAAACCGGCCCAAGGCCCGCAACGCGAUCUCGCGUGAGCUGCUCGAGGCCCUCUCGAACCAGGUGAACGCGAUUGCCGCAGAAGAGGGCAAUGGACCGACCAGGGCUCUGGUGGUGGCCAGCAAUGUGGACGCCGCGUUCUGCGCCGGGGCCGAUCUGAAGGAGCGCGCGCAUAUGUCUCAAGCAGAGACCGAAGCAUUCCUCGAGAAACUCCGCGCCACGUUCAGCGCGCUCGCCGCUCUCCAGGUACCCACAAUCUCCGCCAUAUCCUCAAUGGCUCUGGGCGGCGGCCUAGAGCUAGCGCUAUGCACGCACCUCCGCGUCUUCGGCUCCUCCAGCGUCGUCGGGCUCCCCGAAACCCGACUGGCCAUUAUCCCCGGUGCAGGAGGCACCUACCGACUUCCCUCACUGAUCGGGGUCAACCGGGCACGCGACAUGAUCCUCACCGGCCGCCGGGUGUCUGGACCGGAGUCGUACUUCAUGGGUCUCUGUGACCGGCUCGUGGAGGUGUUGCCGGAGGAGGGAGCUCAGGAGGGCGUGGCGCGCGAGAAGGUGCUGCGCGAGAGCAUCAAGUUGGCUCAGGAUAUCUGUGAGGGUGGGCCCAUUGCUAUCAAGCAGGCGCUCAAGGCGGUGCAGGGGUUUAUGCUUGGCGAGGUGUCGGAGAAUAGGGCUUAUGAGGGCGUGAUUCAGACUGAGGACCGCUAUGAGGCGCUGCGAGCUUUUGCUGAGAAGAGGAAGCCUGCCUUCCGGGGGAAAUAA